CGUUACUUCAACAUCACUAGUGGAGGCAAGUAUGUCGUCGUGUGAAAGAAAAUUGUAAAUCUUUGCACAAAAGUUAGAAUUGCUCCUGGAAUAUAACCAAAAAAUAGUAGAAAAGCCUAUUAAAAAAUCAAAAUAAAAACAUUUCAACGAAUUAUACAGCAGCAAGCAGCAGAAAAGUGAACAAAAUCGAAGAAAUUAUAACAAAUGUGAAUUUUUAAUGACGACGUCAAUUUGCAAAUAACAGCAGCAGCACAAAUUUAUUAAAAAAAAGAAAAAUUUUCUUAACAACGCCGUCUGUAUUGGAUAUUGUUACAGAUUUUUGAAGAACCGAAAACGACAGCCAGCACUAACUAAUAAAGGCUUAGGCCCAUAGAAAUUAUACCACGACCCUUGAGUUUCCUAAUAAAAAAAUGCAAAACAAUUGGUGGUUUCUGUGCGAGGUCGACUUUUUCAAAGGCAAAGCUUAGCAGCUCUGCGAAAUGCGUACAUCCGAUACCGCAGCCAUUAAGGCAGAGAAAAAAGUGAAAUUAUUAUAUGUUAACCAGAAAUUAUAUAGAAAAUCGUGUCUAUAUAAAAACGUAUACGCUUAAAAAACGAAAAAAAAAACUCGAGGACAAUACCAUACAGAGAAAAUACAAAGGAAAUCGUAAUUUUCCCUAUUUUUGGACUAUACUCUUUAUAGAUCGACGCUGCUCAAGUAUUUUUUUUCUUUAUUAUUUUUUCGACUGAAAUAUAAUUGUAAAGUGAACGGUUGGUUCGGUCGGUCGAUUAAACGAAUAUAAAAAUUAAAAAAAAAAAAAUAAUAUAAAAAAAAUUGUGGUGUAUGUGAUCCACGUUUGAUUUUUUUAGUUUUGUUCACUUUUGUAAAAAUUAGAUAAAAUUAAAUUAAAUAAAAAAAAACUUUUUUUUGUCCAUUGAAUUGAAUAUUAUGCAAAACAUACUGUACUAAAGCUUGUGAACAAAAACAACAAAAACAAAAAAAAAGAAAGAACAAUAUUCAAGUGAUUUUCGUGUUUCAUUUAACAAGAAAAAACCUGAUUUUCAUUUUGGAAUAGGAUUUAAACAAAAAAAAUCGAAAGAAAAAAAAUAAAACCCAAGAAAAAGUAAAUUCAAAAUAAAGGAAAAUAAAAAUAAAAACAACAGCGCUGUGAUUUAAUACUCCUUGUGCUCGCAGACAGACAGAGUAAUAUCAAAAAAUCAGCACGCAUAGAGAAUAAUGUCAACAAAGAUAUCAGCUUCAGCCGAUAGUAGCAGUAGCACUACCGCCAGUCCAGCCGCAACUUCGUCAAUGUCUGCAGCCGCCAAUGGCUCCACAACGCCAGCCAGACGUCUACGCACCAGAACUUCAACGGGUGGUAAUGUAAGUGGUGGUGAAUCAGCUCAAAAGAAAUAUGGACCACUUACCGAAAGAAGUGACUCAAUUUCCAAUGCGUCCAGCACGACUACAGGAAAUGAAGAGAAACCAAGUGCAAGUGCAAGCAAGAAAUAUCACAACAGUUGUCCCCAACCGCCAACAAGCUCUGGCCGCAAAGAAAAGAUUCAUUCACAACCGCACAGCUCCAGCAGUUUUAACAUGAAUAAAACGGAAGAGUUUAACUUUGACACGCCGCUAGAGUGUCCCGUGUUUCGCCCAACUCCCGAAGAAUUCAAAAAUCCCCUGGCCUACAUCAGUAAGAUACGACCGAUUGCGGAAAAGUGUGGCAUUGCCAAGAUUUUGCCACCUGACUCUUGGUCGCCUCCCUUUGCCGUGGAUGUAGACAAAUUGAAGUUUACACCACGUGUUCAACGUCUAAAUGAGUUGGAAGCCAAAACUCGUGUAAAACUCAACUUUCUCGAUCAAAUAGCGAAAUUUUGGGAAUUGCAGGGUUCAUCUCUGAAAAUUCCCAUGGUGGAGCGCAAGGCCUUGGAUUUGUACACAUUACAUCGUAUAGUGCAGGAGGAAGGCGGUAUGGAACAAACUACCAAGGAACGUAAAUGGGCCAAGGUGGCAAAUCGCAUGUCUUAUCCGUCGAGUAAGAGUGUGGGUGCCACCCUUAAGGCUCACUACGAACGCAUAUUGCAUCCGUUUGAGGUGUAUACGUCGGGAAAAGUUUUGGGACAAGGUAAUUCUGGUGCGGGUGUGGGCAGUCCAGAGGUUAAGCUAGAAGAUGGCACCGAUUACAAAGCCCACGAGAUACCCACACGUCAACAAAUUGCUCCUCCAAACGAGACCAAUGCCCGACGAUCCAAACGUUUUGCCAAUUCAAGUGCCAGCUGCGGUUUGGGCGUAAAUCGUAGUGGUGUCAAGACAGAGACAAAGGAAGACUUUAAAAGAGAUUUAUUAAGUUGUUUCAAUGCGUCUGCUGCUUCAGCAGCUAACCGUGGCAAUGCUGGGAAUGGCAUCGUCGGCUCGGCCCAAAAGAAAGCACCUGAUCCCAAUGCUGCCGUGGAUCCUCUAAUGAAGUAUAUUUGUCACAUUUGCAAUCGCGGCGAUGUCGAGGAAUCAAUGUUGCUGUGCGAUGGCUGCGAUGAUUCAUAUCAUACCUUCUGCUUGUUACCACCUCUAUCCAGUAUACCAAAAGGUGAAUGGCUCUGUCCACGUUGUGUCGUGGAGGAGGUUAGCAAGCCCACAGAAGCCUUUGGAUUUGAACAGGCUGAACGUGAAUACACUUUGCAGCAGUUUGGCCAAAUGGCAGAUCAAUUUAAAAUGGACUAUUUCCGCAAGCCAGUACACUUAGUGCCCACAGAUUUGGUGGAACGUGAAUUCUGGCGUAUUGUUUCGUCCAUCGACGAAGAUGUGACUGUGGAGUACGGAGCCGAUCUGCAUACCAUGGAUCAUGGCUCUGGUUUCCCCACAAAAAGUUCACUCUACUUGUUGCCCGGAGACCAGGAAUACGCCGAGUCGAGUUGGAAUCUAAACAAUUUGCCUUUGCUGGAAGACUCCAUACUGGGCCACAUAAAUGCAGACAUCAGCGGCAUGAAUGCUCCCUGGAUGUAUGUGGGCAUGUGUUUCGCCGCCUUUUGCUGGCACAACGAAGAUCACUGGAGUUAUUCCAUCAAUUAUCUGCAUUGGGGUGAACCAAAAACCUGGUACGGCGUACCCGGCAGUUGCGCAGAACAAUUCGAGGAAACAAUGAAACAAGCGGCCCCUGAAUUGUUUGCAUCUCAACCAGAUUUGUUGCAUCAACUGGUGACCAUCAUGAAUCCGAACAUAUUGAUGAACAACGGUGUGCCUGUUUAUCGCACCGACCAAAAUGCCGGUGAAUUUGUGAUAACAUUUCCUCGUGCCUACCAUGCCGGCUUCAACCAGGGCUACAAUUUUGCCGAAGCGGUUAAUUUCGCUCCAGCCGACUGGCUUAAGAUGGGUCGUGAGUGUAUAAAUCACUAUUCGAUGUUGCGUCGUUUCUGCGUUUUCUCGCAUGACGAACUCGUCUGUAAGAUGGCUCUUGAGCCAGCUAAGCUGACCUUUGGCAUCGCUACCGCCUGCUACAUAGACAUGGCUGAGAUGGUGGACUCUGAAAAGAAAUUGCGCAAAUCUCUGCUAGAAUGGGGCGUCACAAGAGCGGAGCGUAAAGCAUUUGAACUGAUACCGGACGACGAACGCCACUGUCAGGAAUGCAAUACCACAUGUUUCCUUUCGGCCGUCUCAUGCGAGUGUACAAAGACCAUUGUUUGCUUGCGCCAUUACACCGUCUUGUGCACGUGUCCACCCGACAAACAUACACUCUUGUAUCGUUACACACUGGAUGAGAUGCCACUGAUGUUACAGAAACUCAAAUCUAAAGCUCAAAGUUUCGAGAGAUGGUUGUCACGGUGUCGGGACAUCGUUGAUGCCAACACCCCCACCUCGGUGACCUUACAAGAGCUCCAAGAGCUGUGCAAGGAGGCUGAGAUCAAGAAGUUCCCCUCGUCCCUGCUAAUCGAUCGCCUUAAUGCUGCUGUCUUGGAGGCAGAGAAAUGCGUGACCGUAAUUCAACAAUUGGGUAUAAAUAAGGUGCGCACCCGUUCUGAUAAUAAUUUGGAAGCUGCACAGUACAAACUAACCAUGGAGGAACUUGAACUGUUUGUUCAGGAGAUCGAUAAUCUUUGUUGCACCAUCGAGGAGGGCGUUUCGGUGCGGGAACUUUUAGUUUUAGGCAAACAAUUUGUCGAACGCACCAAUGAAAUGCUGAAGCCUUCAUUAGAUGCCCUAGAGGAAUCUGAAUUGGAAUCCAUCAUUGGCGAAGGCAACUCGUUGCGCAUUGAGUUGCCACAAAUGCAGCAGUUGAACAUGCGACUCAAACAAUUAAAAUGGUACAAACGAUCACAGGGCCUAAGGGCGGCCAGUGCAAAACUUACUUACGAUGACGUUAAGAAUUUAUUGCAUGUGGCCGCAGCUGAGAUUGCUCCCACUGAUCCCAUAAUAGAUGCAGAAAUACGCAAGCUACAAGAAAUCGGAGCUUCAAUAGAAGCCUGGGAAUGUCAGGCCAGAAAAUAUUUUAACUGCAGUACGCAACGCCAUGAACUGGUAGAAAUUGAACAAUUCCUUAAGACCGCCACCGACAUUGAGGGACAAGUGCCUUCGUACAGUGUGCUUAAGGAUGCUCUGCGUAAGGCCAAGGAGUGGUUAAGGUCCGUCGAACAACUGCAGGCCAAUGACCACUUUCCCUACUGUCAUACAUUGGAAGCAAUAGUUAAUCGGGGUACGAGUAUUCCCAUAAGGCUGGAGGAACUUUUGCGAAUGCAAGGUCACUUGAAAAGUGCCCAUGACUGGAAGGAGAACACCGAACGAGCAUUUUUAAAGAAAAGUACUUUCUACACUCUGCUAGAGGUGCUAAUGCCUCGGGGAGAGUCAGUUAUCAUUGACUCUGAUUUGAAGAAAAAGUUCGAGGAUGAUUUCGUUAAAGAAAUGAACCCCGCACAAAUUGUGGACUCUUUUAAGGUGGCCGAAGAAAAGGAAUUACGUGAUAUGCGAGAACACAGACGUCAAAAUAUGACAAAAAAUCCUCUGCGUGAUGAUUACUGUCUCUGCAAGUCACCUUUCCAGGGCGUGAUGUACAAUUGUCAAUUAUGCCGCGAUUGGUUCCAUGAGGAUUGUGUACCGCCACCCCCACAAAUGCAAACGAAUUGUGUGGCGGAUGAAGGCAUUAAAAUGAAGUGGUUGUGUCCAUCUUGUGUUCGUUCAAAGAGACCACGUCUUGAAACCAUACUACCCUUGCUGGUGUCCUUACAAACGUUACCCAUACGCUUGCCCGAAGACGAAGCUCUUCGCUGCCUGGCUGAAAGGGCCAUGAAUUGGCAGGAUCGAGCACGUAAAGCCCUCACAAGUCCAGAUGUCACCGCCGCUUUAGAAGUUAUAGCCGCUGCGGCCCAGCAAAGGAACAAACAGAAGAAACGCAAGGGCGCUAAAGAUUUGGGAGCUGCCCGCAAGCCUCGACGCAGCAGUCAACGCAACUCCAAGGAUGAAGGUUCCGAGAAUGGCGACUCAGAUGAUGAGGGACGUUUGCACAUAGUGGAGGAGAACUUUAGUAACGAUGAAGAGGAAGAGGGCGAAGCAAAUGCAAAUGCAACGAACGAUAACACCAACAACACUCACAAUGGUCUCCAGCUGCAGAAAUUGUUAUCGGACAGCGAAACGGACAAUCUCGACGAACUUAUGAUGGAAGGUGACCUGCUUGAAGUAUCACUCGAUGAAUCACAAGAGCUCUGGCGCGUGCUUUCAACGGUACAACCAGCUCAGCCUUCAGAAGCAGCCACACUCGUUGAGCAGCAUCAAUCCAUGCUUAAACAACAGAACCAACAGCACCCACAACCGCCUUCCAGUGUCAAUUCAGCUGCCGAAGACUCCAACGACAGCUUGCUAGUACAGAGUAGUCCCAACAGCACCAGCAAUAGCGUAGGCAGUGGCAAUGGACGCAGUUCAGCCAGUGUGGUUAAGAAACGUCGUUCUCUUGAUCCCACAACGGGCUGUCCUGUGCCCAGGAAAAAAAUUGCCACACCAAACAAACCUAAUGCUUCAAACACGACUUCGACGAAAAAAUCCUCUAGAAAAUCGGAAGCGAAUAGCAAACUGGCUGCAGCUGCAGAUGACAACGCUGAGAAUUUCACACCGGCCAAGCAAUCCAAUGGAGGUUCCCAAAAUCAGACCAACAACAACAACAGCAGUGCGUCGGGUUCGCAGAAAAAGCACCGGAAACGUGUGGGCGGCAACAAUAACAACAGCAAUACAACAGUUACGGCUAGUCAAAAGAAGAACUCUCAAAGAGCUCAAAUGGCCCAGCAGGAGGACGACGAAGAAGAAUGUCGUGCCGAAAACUGUCACAAGCCAACGGGCCGCGAAGUUGAUUGGGUACAAUGUGACGGCGGUUGCAACGAAUGGUUCCACAUGUACUGUGUUGGGCUCAACCGCAGCCAAAUUAAAGCUGACGAUGACUACAUUUGCAUACGUUGUUCAAAGAAUGUCACAGUAACCACAACGGGAGGCGGCGGAGCUUCAGCUGUGACGACAACACAAAAAGGCCGCUCCCAAACGGCACGAUAAAUGAUGAUGACCGACGUUCAGCGUCGUCACCAGCCGCAGUCGUUGUCGUUCUCAUCACCAUCAUCGUCUAGCUUCUUGUACACAUAGUAAAUAUUCAAUCGAUAUUAUAUUAAACAAAAAAAGAAGAUUCUGUUUUAAAUGGGCAUACUUUUUUUAAACAAACAAAAAAACUCACUCUUAUCCCCCUACUCCUACUCCCACUUGUUCUCAUACUACUACUACUACAACAUCAACUUCUAUUACUUUGUUUUUCUAUUUAGUAACAUGAGAAUUUCGAAUACAAAACACACGCAAGCCAACCAACAAACCAACCAAGUAACCAACCCAACCACACAAAUCAAAUGAAGUAAUGUAAUGAAUGAAUGAAUUUUUUUUGCACAGAAUUCCAAAAUCACGCAGCUAGAACUAUAUUUUGAACAGAACUAAAACUAAAACGACGAUGAGCCCAACCAUCAUCCAAUUGUUAGAAGGAACAAUUAGUAAUAUUCAAACUUGAAAUGAUCAAAAACAUGAUGACAAACAUUUAUUAUAACCAGAAAUCUGCACUUGCUUGCAUCAACAACUGUACAUGGAAAAGAUAAUUAAUUAAUUAAGAAUUAUAAUUUAUUUAGUUUCUUUUUGUAAACAGAAGACAUUUUUAAGCAAGAGUUUGAUUUUUAGCCAAUUUGCUAGUUUGUUUCUAAAUACAUAUAUAAAAAGAUUGGUAGUAGUUUUUUCUCUGUAUUUUCUUUCUUUUUUUUUAUAUACAUAUAAAACUUACACAAUAUAUAUAUUAUAUAUAAAUAUAUACAUAAAAACAUAUAUAAUAUUUUUAUGAUUUUACUGAAACAAAGCGAUAACUUAUAUGUAAUUUUAUUUAAUUAUGUUAGUUUGUAUUUGUAACUUUGUAAUGCUUAAUUAGUAUGUAACACUCUGCCCCCAUAAUGAUUAGUAUAUAUAGGUACAUAUAUAUAUGUAUAUAUGUGUAUAUGUGUGUAUAUACUACAUAUGUUUAUUUAUUACAUAUAUGCAUAUAUAGAUAGAUAUUGUACUUUUAACUGAGAAAUAAGAAAACAAGAAAAUUAUAUACAUAUAAUAAAAAUAUACAUAAAUUAAUAAAUAAAUAAAUACAUAAAUACAUAGAUUUAAAUACAUAUACAUAUGUACAGAUAAUAUUAUACUACUCUAUAUGUAUGUAUUAUUUGCAACUUGAAAAUAAUAAUAAUAAAAAUUUAAUCAAAAAAAAUAAAUAAAAAUAAAAAAACAAAUUAACAACAGAAAUUCGCCCAUAAAUCGAAUGAAAAGAAGGAAGUAGACUAAACAAGAAAACAAAAGGACGAAAUUUCUAUUAGACAGACUGAUCGACUGACUGUCAGACUAAGCAGACGGACGGAGUUAAAAACAAUGGGACACCAAAUGUAGACCGUUAGCUAUACAUACAUCUCUUUUCUUUUAAAUAAUAAUAAUAAAAAAAAACAAAACAUUGUACAUUUUUUAUUUCUUUUUUUAACGUGUAAAGAUUAAUUAAAUUAAUAUUUUUGACUAUACAUAUAUACUUUGAUUAAAUUUUUAGCAUAUAAAAAAAACACACACAUACACUACACACCCGUACAUACAUACAUAAAUAAAUUAAUUAAUACAUAUAUUAUGAACCCUUAAAUUUAAAUUUGAUGUAAUUCUAUAUGAUUAAAAACAAAAUAAAUGUAGUAUUUUAAACA